AUGAAGAUGAGAGAGGUGAAGAUAAUAAACAAGGGCCUGGAGGAUGAGAUGGAGGUGUGGGGGUACCGGCCCUGUCUGUGGAAGAUGAUCCUGGUGGGCGUAGGUGCUGUUUGCUCCUGUGGUCUCCUGCUGCUGCUGCUCUAUUGGCUGCCUGAGUGGGGCGUCAAGGGCACCUGCACACACACCUCGCUGAGGGACGCGCACACACUGCUGCUCAGGACCACAGAUGAGUUCAGGCAGUGGUUUCGAGCCAAAGUACAUGUGAUGUUGGCUCCGGGGAAGAAACCCUUCGACAGCUUGGAUCUGCAGCCCACGGCUCAGCUGCCGAACGGAGACGGAGACCACAGCGUCAGCGCUGUGCACGAGGAGCAUCAUGGGAAAUUUGCUGAGAGGCAGAAUGCUCAGAUCCACUACUUCACCCACCACAGCACUAAAUACUACUGGGAUGAUGAGACACAGAACUUUGAGACGUAUAAAGGCCUGGAGGAUGUGAAGCUGAGCUGUGCAAGUGUUCACUCUGACCACAGCUCUGGACUUUCUAAAACACUGCAGGACUACAGGAGGUUGUUUUUCGAGGAGAAUGAGAUCGCUGUGAGAGUGCCCUCUCUAUUCAAGCUCCUCAUAAAGGAGGUCCUGAAUCCUUUCUACAUCUUCCAGCUCUUCAGUGUUAUUCUGUGGAGCGCAGAGGACUACUACUACUACGCCACAGCCAUAGUGUUCAUGUCUGUCAUUUCAAUAGCUACCUCACUGUAUACCAUUAAAAAGCAAUACGUGAUGCUACAUGACAUGGUGGCAGCACACAGUGUGGUCCGUGUUUCGCUGUGCAGAGGAAGUAAAGAUAUUGACGAGGCCAUGUCGACGGAGCUUGUGCCCGGUGAUGUCAUCAUCAUUCCAGCCAAUGGGAUGAUCAUGCCCUGCGACGCCCUGCUCAUCCAUGGAACCUGUAUUGUAAAUGAGAGCAUGCUGACAGGAGAGAGCGUGCCGGUUACCAAGACCAGUCUACCCAGUUUAGGUGAGGAGGCAGCCGGGAGCUACAAUAUAGAGGAGCACAAGAGACACACCCUGUUCUGUGGCACCCACGUGAUCCAGACGCGCUUCUACACCGGUGAACUGGUGAAGGCUGUUGUGGUCAGAACAGGCUUCAGCACAGAGAAAGGCCAGCUCGUGCGAUCCAUCCUCUACCCCAAACCCACAGACUUCAAGCUGUACCGCGAUGCGUACCUGUUCCUGCUGUGUCUGGUGGGGGUGGCAGGGAUCGGCUUCAUCUACACCAUCGUCCUCAGUAUAAUGAACAAGGUUCCAGCUAAAACCAUCAUCAUUGAAUCUCUGGACAUCAUCACCAUCACUGUGCCGCCGGCCUUACCGGCGGCCAUGACAGCCGGUAUUGUGUACGCGCAGCGGCGCUUGAAGCGCGUCGGCAUCUUUUGCAUCAGUCCCCAGAGGAUCAACAUGUGUGGUCAACUUAACCUGGUUUGCUUUGACAAGACUGGUACUUUGACUGAGGACGGUUUGGACCUGUGGGGUAUUCAGAGAGCUGAAGAUGGCAGCUUUUCUCCACCAGAGUCUGACGCAGCGAAAGAGAGUCUGGUGAACUCCGCCUUUGUGGCCUGCAUGGCGACCUGCCACUCGCUGACCAAGAUAGAGGGCGAACUCUCCGGGGACCCUCUAGACCUCAAGAUGUUCAGCGCCACAGGCUGGAUCCUAGAGGAGCCCACAGAGGAAGAGACCGCACUCCACAAUCCCAUAAUGCCCACUGUGGUGCGACCUCCAAAGCACGCCGACCCUGAAGCCAAUCAGAACGACCUGCUCACUCAGAACAUGUCUUUUGCCCCUCAGCCUUGUGAGAUCGGUAUCGUGCGUCAGUUCCCCUUCUCCUCGCUGCUGCAGAGGAUGAGUGUGGUGGUCAGGAGGUUGGGGGAAAAACACAUGCACAGCUACUUGAAAGGAGCGCCGGAGAUUGUGGCCAGCCUCUGCAAACAGCACACAGUCCCACAUAGUUUUGCAGAGACUCUGGAGACUUACACCAGGCAGGGCUUCAGGGUUAUUGCCCUGGCUCAUCGACAGCUGGAGUCCAAACUCUCCUGGCACAAAGUCCAGAGCCUCAGCAGGGACCUGAUAGAGACCAACAUGGAGUUCCUCGGUUUGAUCAUCAUGCAGAACAAAAUAAAGCAGGAAACUGCCGGGGUUUUACGUGAAUUACGACAAGCUAACAUCCGCACUUUGAUGGUCACAGGUGACAACAUGCUGACGGCCAUAUCAGUGGCUCGAGACUGCGGCAUGAUCCGUGCACACGAGAAGAUCAUUAUAGCAGAUGCUGUGCCUCCUAAAGAUUUGCAGUCUGCUAGUAUCACAUGGCAUUACAGAGAGAAUCCCGCUCAGACAGUCAAAGACAAUCAGAGCGUGGAGAUAAACCUGGAGGAAGGGAUGUGUGACAAGCGUGAGGCUCUGCAGGAACAAAGCUAUCACUUCGCUGUGAGUGGCAGAGCCUUCGCUGUCAUCGCCGAGCACUUCCCUCAACUCGUCCCAAAGCUCGUGCUCAGAGCCUCUGUGUUUGCGCGCAUGGCUCCAGACCAGAAGACUCAGCUGGUGGAAGUCCUGCAGAGCAUCGACUACACAGUUGGGAUGUGUGGUGAUGGUGCUAAUGACUGUGGAGCUCUGAAGAGAGCUCACAGUGGGAUUUCUCUGUCCGAGCUGGAGGCAUCUGUUGCUUCACCCUUCACCUCCUCCACCUCGAACAUUUCCUGUGUCCCCAACCUCAUCAGGGAGGGUCGAGCCGCCCUCAUAACAUCAUUCUGUGUGUUCAAGUUCAUGGCUCUCUACAGCAUCAUCCAGUACCUCAGUGUCACCCUGCUCUACUCGAUCCUCAGCAACUUGGGAGACUUCCAGUUCCUCUUCAUUGACAUCGCCAUCAUUCUCAUCAUUGCCUUUACAAUGAGUCUGAACCCGGCGUGGAAGGAGCUGGUGUGGCGUCGCCCCCCGUCCAGUCUGAUCUCCGGCCCGCUGCUCUGCUCGGUUCUGACCCAGAUCCUCACCUGCCUGGUCUUCCAAGUCCUGGCUUUCCUCUUAGUGCGACAGCAGAGCUGGUAUGAGAUAUGGACACCUCAGUCAGACGCCUGUAACAUUUCCAGCUCGAGUCUCUCUCACAGCCAGAACGUAACCACUCCUCACGACCACAAAAACAUCAGGAACUACGAGAACACCACCCUCUUCUACGUCUCCUCCUUCCAGUACUUGGCUGUGGCCAUCAUCUUCUCCAAGGGAAAGCCAUUCAGACAGCCAAGCUACAAGAACUGGCCGUUCAUGCUGUCCUGCAUCGCUCUGUAUAUGUUCCUCCUCUUCAUCUUGCUGCAUCCUGUUCCGGCCAUCGACAGCUUCCUGGAGAUCGUGUGUGUUCCCCACGACUGGCGCAUUACACUGGUGGUCAUUGUCAUAGUGAAUGCGGCUGUGUCUUUCAUGCUGGAGAUUUUGAUCCUUGACAUCAUCUUGUGGAGGCUAGUUUUCAGAGGCAGUCAGGGGGCAAACCGCCCCACAGAGUCCCGCUCUGCUGCCACACCUCAGGUGGCCAAUGACCGCUGGGCCUCGUCCUUCCUCUCCUGGUUGUUCUGUCGGAGAAACAAGCCUCCAAGGGUGCGCUACAUGCACCUGGCCCUGGAGCUGCAGGACGACUCCGACUGGCCCCCCAGACCCUCCACGGUCACCUACGCCAGCGAUCCACAGUCCCCCAUCUCAGCCCCCCUCUGA